AUGAAUCUGGAUAGUGGCACACAACCUCAAUGGCUCACGGCAUCCAGACAAAGAAUCUAUAGCAUUAGUCGCACCGGCUAUCCCGAUGAGUCUAGUGAAUCUGGGGGAGUGUUCGCCUUCCAACGUUCCAAGCACUCCCACCCUCCCCGGCCUCCCUUGAGGCUCUUGUCGGCUGGAAGCAGCAAUGGCGAAGGAGGCGUCCAUUGCGACGUGAGCAAAACCGGAAAAGCUUUUGCUGCAGCAAAUAUAGAGGCUUCCACAAUAGCCAUCUAUCCCGUGGCGGACGACGGAUCCAUCGGCGAGGCGACAUAUAGAGAGCAGUACCACCUGGACAAGCCAGGUCCUGGUAGCAACGACAGCCAGAUCGAGGCAUUUCCUCACCAGACGCAGUUCGAUCCGACUGGACGGUUUCUUUUCGUCUGCGCCCGCGGUGCGGACAGGCUUUAUAUCUACUCAGUGCCGAGCCCUCAUCAAGUCACGCAGCUACAGGAGAUCGUCCUUCCACCAGGAACAGGACCUCGACACGCCGCCUUCGGGGUCUUUAAUGCCACAAAUACCUAUAUGUAUCUAGUGGGUGAGCUAGACAACACAAUUAGAGUCUAUACCAUUUCGUACGGCAAUGAGCCCUCGAAACUCACAGUUGAGCUUCAUCAGACCAUCUCCACACUCGGGCCUGGCCUGCCGCCCACCGAGCCCAACAGCGAAUAUCUCGCUGCUGAUAUUGUCAUUACAGACGACGGCAAGUUUGCAUACGCAAGCAGCCGUGGCACGACUAGCCUCGAUAGCGAUACUGUAGCUAUCUAUGCGAUCGACGACGAAGCAAGCCCGGAGCAUCAUCUGACGUACUUGGACAGCAUAGAAACGCAAGGGAAGAUUCCACGCCACCUGGCGCUGUCACCAGAUGCGGAGAGUCGAUAUUUGGCAGUGCUGAACGAGUAUACGAACGAUGUGGUGGUGUUUGAAAGGGAUGUAGAGACUGGUCUGAUGAAAGAGCUCAAGGGGACUUUGCAUUUCGGUGAUCCCGUGUAUGAAGCGAGGUAUGGACCGAGUUGUAUUCUGUGGAGGUAG